ACUAUUUAUGCUCUAAGAAAAAAAUUAAAAAAUAAACUUGAAAUAGAAUUUUUAAAUAAAAUUAUAUAUUAACUAAGCUUUUUUGCUAGCAAAGUCCAAUAAUAGUAAGAAAAUAAUAAAUAAGAUUAAUUAAUGAAUUGACUUAUAGAUUUCAUAAAAAGCAUGAAGUUAUAUUCUCAUUUGGUGAUAAGGGUUAAGAAUUGUUUGUGGUUAUUAAAGGAUCAGUUUAUUGUUUAAUUCAAGAUUAAAAAUAAUAAAAAAAAUAAAAGAGAAAAAUACUUUUAAAUUAAAUAUAAGAGAAAUAAAAUGAAACCGUAAAAGAAAAAUUAGCAAGGAAUUUUUUAAAUAAACUAGUUACAAAUGUAAGUAAAAAAUCCGUAAUAGAUGAUAAUGUUAAAGAUUUUGUUAGUAAAAUAAAGUUUAAUUAUAUGAAAAAAAGUUUGUAAAGUUAAGUUAAAUAAAGAUAAAAUAAUUAGACUUAGGAACUUGAUAAUGAAAAAAAUGAUGAAGAAAAAGAAUAAAUAUAUUUAAAAGAAAACUUUCCAGAUUUUGUUUUGGCAAAAACUUUUUAUGAAGGCGAGUAUUUUGGAGAAAUUUCAUUACUAACCUAAUAAGAAAGAACAGCUACUAUUAUAGCAAGAUAAGAUUCUCACUUUAUGGUUUUAAACAAAAAAGGAUUUAAUAAAGAAACUAUAUAUAAUGAAGGAGAUCCAUCCAAUUAUUUUUUCUUAAUAAAAUCAGGAGAUAUAGUUAUUAAAAAAAAACAAUAAGUACCUGUUUAGAUUAAUGAUGAAGAAACCUUAAAUUAAAAUUAAUUAAAAAUUUGCUUUAAAAAUAAUGAAUAAUAUACAUUAAAAAUUGUUGGAUAAGGCAGCUUUUUUGGAGAUGAAGAAUUAGUGAAAGGAAUUCCUGAAAGACAAGAAAGAGCUAUAUGUAAUAGUGAAGAAUGUGAACUAUAUUAAUUAGAAUAAAAAGGACUAUAUUAAAUUCUUGGUUAUAAUUUUUAUGAUUGUUUAUAGUAAUAAGUGGAAAAUAAAUAAUAAAUAAAAUAAGAAAGACUUGAACAUUUAAUAAAGAUAAAAAUACCUUAAAAAAAUAUAGAAGGAUUAAAUUAAUUUUAUGAAGAUGAGAGAAAUAAAAAAUUAAAUUAAAUCCAAUAAGAAUAAAUUAAAUAAGCAAUUUCAAUAAAAAAUUAGAUUAUGUUUGAUAAAAAUAUGUUAUAAAAUGAAAAAAAAAAAUCAUAAAAUGUUUAAAUUAAUGAUACAGAAG